AUGCAGCCUAAACACAUUCCCUUAAUCCAAGUUUAUGAGCCUUUGGUUGCUGACAUUGGGCACUUCAUCUUGCUCACUGAACAAGAAGCAUACAAUGAGGAAGAGUUAGUCAAUAGAAUGUUAGGUUAUCUAGAACCAGAAUACUUCAAUGCAGAACCAAUAACAGAAAAGGUGGACAUAUACGCUUUUGGACUAGCAUUGCUAGAGCUAAUCACAUGUAUAAGAAUCAGAGAACUACAAGGUUACAAGGCACAUGAAUAUUGGCAUGAUAUUUGUGCAUCACAAGAAAUGGAAUUGGUAUAUAUUUUAGCUGAUAAGCAUAAAUUGCUUAAAAGUGAAAUGAAAUUUUUCUCUGAACAAAUUUUGCUAUCAGAACUGAAAUUGAGUGCUUCGGAUUGGAGGAUUCCCAUCAUUUUUAUCGUUUCCUGUUCUAUCAUUGCUUGCUGGGAACAAUUUGAUUGGUGGUUAUCUUGGUGGAAAGGGCGACUGGCUGAAGAUGCUACAGGGGAGGAAGCAUGGGCAAUUCAGAUCCAAUUUCUUGAAACAAGUCUUGAGGACAAGAAUUUUUGGAAGGCAGGAGUAAUGAUAUGA